AUGGAUAGCUUCACUACCACCGAAAUGGACACCGUCCUCCAGGACAUGGCCAAUGUCCAAGUCAGUGCUGCUCAGGAGAAGGGCUGGGGCAAGCCAGAAAGCUAUGACUAUACCAAGUAUGGUAGUAGCUUGUCUCCUCUUCCCAAGCCUUCCGAGGAAGAGUCUCCUGAGCUCGAAAUUCCCGAGUGGGCAGCCAAUGCUGCCAAAUAUGAGUGGAAAGACGAGUAUGGAGAUGUCGGCCCGAAAAGCGCUGAGCUUGAAGAACAGCUGUUCCGGAGCGAGUACAUCAACAGGGCUGGGCUGAAGCUUGGCAAUCUGCAGAAUAUCGACGUGAUUGCCGAGAGUCACGAACGCCCCAAGCCUGUCAGAAAUUUCAACGACGCCGGAUUGCACCCCAUUGUGCGCGAGAACAUUCAUCUGUGCCAUUACGAGUACCCUACUCCGAUUCAGGCAUAUUCUAUUCCCGCUGUCCUGACUGGACAUGACCUCAUUGCCAUUGCGCAGACUGGAUCUGGCAAAACUGCUGCAUUCCUGAUUCCCGUGCUUUCGCAGCUGAUGGGAAAAGCAAAGAAAUUGGCAGCCAAACGCCCCAAUCUGGUCGAGGGAUACGAUCUCACCACUGACGCCGUCCGUGCCGAGCCAUUGGUUUUAAUUGUUGCUCCUACUAGAGAACUUUCAACCCAGAUCUUUGACGAAGCGCGUCGUCUGUGCUAUAGAUCUAUGUUGCGCCCUUGCGUGGUCUAUGGCGGCGCUCCCGUGCGCGACCAACGUGAUGAGUUGGCGAGGGGAUGUGAUAUUCUCAUUGGAACUCCGGGUCGCUUGAUGGAUUUCAUGGACAAGCCGCACAUCCUGUCCCUUCGUCGUGUGAAGUACACCAUCAUCGACGAGGCUGACGAGCUUCUGCUGUCGGACUGGGAGUCCGAUUUUGUCAAGAUCAUGUCCGGUGGAGACGUCAACGAAGAUGCAGAUCACAGAUACAUGAUGUUUUCUGCAACCUUCAACAAAUCCUGCCGUGAGUUGGCUCGUAAAUACCUGGCUGACGACCACGUCCGCAUUCGCAUUGGACGCCCUGGCAGCACUCACAUCAACGUCGAUCAGAAUAUUGUUUACGCGGAGGACCACCUCAAGAAGCAAUGUCUCUACGACUUGCUUCUCUCCAUGCCACCUUCACGUACCUUGAUCUUCGUGAACUUUAAGAAGGAUGCCGAUUUACUCGAUGACUACCUUUACAACAUGGGCUUGCCGAGUACUUCGAUCCAUGCUGACCGCACCCAGCGUGAACGUGAAGAUGCUUUACGCGCCUUUCGAACUGCCAAAUGUCCUAUCCUGGUGGCUACCGGUGUUUCUGCCCGUGGCCUUGAUAUCAAAAAUGUCAUGCAUGUGAUCAAUUACAACCUCCCUCGUGUGAGCCAUGGCGGCAUUACCGAGUAUAUUCACCGUAUCGGUCGUACUGCACGCAUUGGCAACGAAGGCCUUGCGACCUCGUUCUACAAUGACCGUGAUAGUGAUCUCGCUCCUGAGCUUGUCAAGAUCUUGAUUGAGAGCAAGCAGAGAGUUCCAGACUUCCUGGACUCGUACAGGCCGUCCGAUGAAAUGAUCACUUUCGACGACGAUACCGAUGACGAGGCAGAUGACGGUGCGAACAACGAUGGAGGAGCCGAUACUGGGGCAGCUUGGGGUGGUAUUCCAAUGGACUCGUCCGAGGAUGCCGCCCCUGCCCCGGUUGCUGGUUGGGAGUGA